AUGGAGAACAGCCCGGACAUGCCAGCACAUAUGUUCAAGGACGCUUUCAAGUCCAAGGGGGAGUACGUGUUCGUCGACUUGGUGUUGAAUCCGUUUUCGGAUUGGGGCGUCCAGAGGAAGCGCCGGUGGCAGGCGGCGCUCAAGGUUUCCACGGUGAUCUGGUCAGGCGCGGUGGGGGCCGAGGACCAGCAGGCCCAGUUCGACGCCAUCUUCGGGCACGGCACGGACGGGCAGCCGCCCCCAGCGCCGCCAUUAUGCGAUGCGUAUCUGGUGUCUUCCGCGGACGAGGAGAAGGCGCAUUGCAAUGCGUUGGCGGCAAAGCGUGGCUUGUACCCGCGCCCUGGCCACACGGUCCCCCUCGGCGCGUGCUUGUCGGAGUGCUACUUGAAACACGCCCAGCUCCUGAAGAAGGUGCACCUCGUGUCCUGGAAGCACUCGUGCUUCGCCGCCGACAUCUCCCAGAACCCGAAGUACUGCGUCCGCGGCGGCGACGCGCUACCUGCAGCAACCACGAGUUCGUUGUUCUUCUCUUUCUCUCAGGACCGGUUCUUCACCCCGAAGGACCUCGCAUGUGCCCACGGGUGGCCGGUAUCUGAUGGCUUUUGGCCCAACCCGCCGCCAUGCCUGGAAUGUAGACCAGGCGCCCCCAUGAUUCUUCAUUCCCGCUUGCGCGUAAUUUUGUUCCCCGGGGUGUAA